CCACAGCUGACGAAAGCUGCUUCUCCCGCUCGGUUUCCAUGGAGACGAGCGAGCGCGGCCGCGGCGGCGGGGCUGUCAGCGCGCGCGGCGGCGGCGCGGCCGCGGGGGUCUGCAGGAGGAAGGAGGAGGCCGGUGCCGGGACCCUCGCGGCAGACAUGGACUUGCCUUGUGAUUGUGCUGCCGGAACUCCGGCCUCCGAGCAGCCGUCGGGGAAGAUUAACAAAGCUGCUUUCAAAUUAUUCAAGAAGAGGAAAUCGGGUGGCACCAUGCCCAGCAUAUUUGGGGUCAAAAACAAAGGGGAUGGGAAAGGCGCGGGUCCGCCGGGCAUGGUGAGGAGCAGGACCCACGACGGACUAGCCGAGGUGGUGGUGCUGGAGGGCGGCAGAAAGGAGGAGCCGCGCGGCGGGGGCGACGGCGGCGGUGGCGGGGGUGACCGCGGCGGGGGUCGGCCGAACCCCGGCCCCCCCAGAGCCGCCGGGCCGGGCGUGGGCUCGCUGGCCAGCAGCUCUGUGGCUAAGUCGCACAGCUUCUUCUCCCUUUUGAAAAAGAACGGGAGGUCGGAACCUGGCAGAGGGGACGCGGGAGAUGCCGGCAAGGCUGGCGGCAAACAAAAGAGGGGGCUGCGAGGGCUCUUCAGCAGCGUGCGCUGGCACAGGAAGGACAAGCGCGGCAAGGAGGGGGAGCGCGGGGCGCGCUCGGGGGGCCCGGCCGGCCUCGCCCUGCCGGGGUCGCUCACGGCCAGCCUGGAGUGCGUCACGGAGGAAGCGCCCCGACCCGCGUUCGCGCCGGAGAACCCGAGCAGGGACGCGCCGCCAGACCCAGCAGGUGAGCCCGGAGUGGGAGAGCCGGCGCCGGCCUCCGCCGAGCGCCCCGAAGUGCCCCGCGGCCGAGAGGCCGAGGGCCCCGGCGCCCCGACCGCCAGCGGCGCCCCGGGAGAGGACGCCCCGGGGCCCCGGCGCGCCGAGGAUCCCCGGGCACCCCCCGAGCUGGGCGCUGGGCAGGUGCGGCCGGCCGAGGAUACCUCCAGGACAGGUGACGUUCCGAUAAAGACCGUCCCCCUUGUCGACUCCGACUGUGGCAGCGGCCGGGCGUCUGCCGUCCCUGACCCUUCCUCUGUUGAUCCGCCCUCAGACCCAUCGACCGAUCGUAUUUGUUUGAUGUUUUCUGACGUGACUUCACUGAAAAGCUUUGACUCUCUUACAGGCUGUGGAGAUAUUAUUGCAGACCAAGAGGACGAGGCAGGGCCCAGCUGUGACAAGCAUGCCCCGGGGACAGGCAAGCCAGGUGUGUCUAAAAAGAACCCCAGCGUGGUGGCCUACCAAGGAGGCGGGGAGGAGAUGGCGAGCCCGGAUGGGGUGGAUGACACCUAUCUGCAGGAAUUCUGGGACAUGCUCUCCCAGACUGAGGGCCAAGGACAAGGCCCUCCCGAGGGACUGGCUAAGGCCGCCGCAGCACUGGACGCCAAGGGGCCUCCCGAGACCUCCAAAGACACCCGGGGGGUCGAAGUGGCCAAGGACGUGUCCUCGGUCAAGCGCAGGAGGCUCAACCGCAUUCCCAUUGAGUCGCAGCCCAAGGAGGAGCCCAAGCACCUGCAGAAGGAGCAGCAAGAAGGCGUCCCCAACAGUGACGAGGGCUACUGGGAUUCCACCACCCCAGGCCCCGAGGAAGACGGCACCGGCAGCGGGAAGAAGGCGGGCAUCUCCAGGGAUAGCUACAGCGGCGAUGCGCUCUACGAUCUCUACGCGGAUCCGGAUGGAAGCCCGGCAGCCCUUCCUGCCAACGAGGAGGCGCCCUGUGUGUCUAGGUUGAAGCCCGUGUCUCCGGGCACCAUCACCUGCCCACUGCGAACACCAGGCAGUUUGCUGAAGGACUCCAAAAUCCCCAUCAGCGUCAAGCACCUCGCCAACCUUCCGUCCAGCCAUCCCGUGGUGCACCAGCAACCAGCCAGGAGCGAGGUGCCCAGAACAAAAAUCCCGGUGUCCAAAGUGCUCGUCCGCAGGGUCAGCAACCGAGGCUUGGCUGGGACCACCAUCCGGGCAGCGGCCUGCCACGACAGUGCCAAAAAGUUGUGAGGUCUUUGAGGCCAAGAUGGAUGGACCACACGUCAAGGAAUACAACUUUCCCUGGUAACCACUGAAAUAAGUUCUGCUUUUCCUAAAGAAAGGCUUUGAGGACCUUCUCUGCUACAGAGCCUGGACCGAGGGUCUUUGUCCCCGCUGGGGCAGGAGACACUAGAGAGGGGAUCCACACUGCACAUGGGAGUCUCCUCCCCAAGAUAAGUCCCUGGGAAUUAUUUUCAAGCACUUUUUUUUUUCUUUUUAAAAAAUAUGUUUUCUGUCUUUUUUCUUUAAUGCACUGAAUACUUGGAAGUCAUCUUUACUUGCCUUUUCAGAAAGAGGACUCAACCAAAUCGAAGUAAGUGUCAGGCCAUGAUGUUUGGCCAUGCCAGGGUCCAGAGGUCUGGAGGAGCCACUGCAAGAACCAGAAGAGUCCUCCUCUUCCAUGAUCCUUCUCUUCCCCCUCCCCUUCCCCUUCCAGGGGGUGGGGUGGGGGGCGGGCAGGGAAGACCCUUUGCUGUAUGGAAAACACCUAGGAAGCUGGGAAAAAAAACACCCCAAAACAACCAGAACAGGUAUUUACCCGAUGAGCAGAGGGCAUCAUUGAUUGGCAGAAAAUUUUCCUAGUUUCAGUUGCGAGGUAUGCAAAUAGGUAAAUAUCUACCACUGGGACAAGAAAGAAGAGUUUUGGGUUGAUCAUUUGUUUGGGGAGAAAAAUGCUCAGCAGAGCAGGUUUUUUCCUUUUUGUUGUUUUCCCACCCCGUGCAGAAAUCAGGACUAGGGAAAGAUUUCGUUACAUGCCAACAGACCCAACAUUGCAGCAUUUAUCAACUGUCACUUUUUCAUGUGUAGAUAAUGCAUCUUUUACCGUUUAUCCAGCUGUUAACAUUUUAUAAUCUGUUCGUAACCUCAAGUUUAAAACCUGGUUUUAUAGCUAAAUAUGGUAACUGUCCCCAAACCAUUGAUAUUCUUUUAUGUGCCGUAACCUGCAGCAAUUCUGUUUUUGUUUUAUAUGGGUUCUCUGGCUUUCAGUGCACAAACAAACAAACAAAACUAUUGUGUUGCUGUUUCAGAGCAUUGGUUCUGCCUUGUCUUGGUAGGAGUCUGUUUCUUACACAAAAUCUUGAUUUUUCAGAGAUUUUACCUUUGUUAUAAAAAAUUUUGGAUUUAACCGUCCCUCAAUAUGGGGAUUCUAAAGUGAGGAACACACAACAAACAACAAUAGAAAAAUAUAGUUUUUCAUAUCAUUAGACUUCUGCUUUAUAGACUUAUGACUGAGACAGGUUAUGUUCAGAAUAUAACACUGGCAAGCUUACAUAUCAUAAACACUUUAUGCCGAGAUUUUUUGAAAAGUGGCUUACUUUGUGUACAUUCUCUAUUAUUUGAGAUGAAAUAUUUAUUUCAGAAAGGGUUCCCCUAUGCCUCGGUAGUUUGAAUUAUAAACUGAAGCAGUUCCUAGAAUACUAUUAGGGUCUAAUGAUUCUACAACAGUGUCUGAAAUGCACUUCAGAGCAUUUAAUCAAGAGACCAGAGUUUCUGCUAGGAAGUGACUCAUGGUGUCAGGAAGAUAGGCAUAUUCAAGGGAGACUACACAUGUAAAUGACAUCAACACUUCUAUAUAACUUUCGUUUUUCCAGAGAUUGCCUAAGUAAUGAACUGAUAUUACAUGUUUUUUAAGUUUGUUUUCUGUAAAGGAAAGAAUAAGACAAGUAUACGAAAGCCUAUUUGAAUAAUAUGAAUGAAGUAACAAAAUAGUCAUCAAAGGAAAACAAAUUUGAGGCAGUUUUAAAAUCUCCAUUUUAAAUCUGCAGCGAUUCGGUUAGAAGAGGUGGUAGACAUUUGCCAAAUUUUUUGUUAGAUUACUGGCUUUUAUUGCAUUGUGUCAGAUUCUUAGUGUUAUUUCAAAGUAAUGUUUCAUUUUCUUGUGUCUAUAGAUGAGGUCCUAUAUUCAGGCAUAGCCUUAAGAACUCUGAAUACAUCAUUAGGAAUUCAUACAGCAACUCACACUCACACGUGCUAAUGCACUCAACUGUGCACAAACUAACAAAGGCAUCUACUGUAAAAUUGGAAGUUGAAGUAUUUGAAAUGUUUUCUGUCUUGAGAAAUGAAUUUAAAUUUGACUUAAUGCUGACAGUACUAUUUAGGCUCAAAAAACAUUCAUUUUCCCCUAGUGAAUGGAAAGAACAUAAAUUUUAUUCCUAACUGUAAAAUGAAGCAUCUUUAUUUUCUUUUUGUGAAUUUUCUUGCAAGGAUUAUAUUUCCUCAGUGAGAAUACAUGGCAAAGGUAUGAUUGUUCAUUUGUUCAGUUGUACAGGAAAGUUGGGAGUACCUGAAGUAUUGAUGAGAAUACUGUAAUAGUAAAGGCAAUCUAUUUAUUUUGUAAGCACUGGGACAAACUAUUUUUACUUUCACAGAUUUGGGGCUUAUUUCUGUAUUUACACUGCUAUUUUGUGUUUUUUUUUUUAUAUAUAUAAGUAAAGGAAAAUGGCAGCAAAGUGUAUUUCCUCUGACCUGUCCAUUAACCAUUUAUACAAGAUUGAAAACAUGUUUUCUACUCUUUUUUCCAUUUUUUUCUCUAUAUCUUUAAGAAUUCCACAUACACCAGUCAAAUGAAGGAUUCAGGCAAUGAAUUAAAUGCCUUCAGUCACUUGAUGGGAAAUCAGGACCAGUGUAGGAAGAGGGUGUCCUUAACCUUUUCCAACCGUAGACAAGGGGUCAGAGCUGUUUGUUUGUGUUUUUGUUUGUUUGGUGCCAAGGGCUAUUUUUAUCCAUUCAUGUUCAUGGAGAGUGGACUUUUAAAAAGAAUUUUAACAGAUUUCCAUUUCAAUGAUUAUUAAUGCAUUAUCUAAUUUGGCCAUAUUUCCUGAUUUUUUUUUUUUUUAAAGGAAAGGAUUGGAGAUGGGCUGAUGACACCUUUCCCGAGUAUGAUUCUGAGAUGCUUGGCUGACUAGUCCCUGUGGUGAAAAAGCUAGCCAAAUUAGAAAACAAAAAGUCAAAUCAAUUGUUGGCUCUGAAUUUAUUGGUCAGUGUAAUAGCUCUGCACAAAGACGGCCUGAUUUUGGUAUCUACAUUACACAGACAGUACUUGAACCACUGUGCUUGGUGCUAUCGGUGGUUGAUGCUUUUAUUCUCCCAUUAGCACCAAUAAGGAGAAAUUUUACUGCAGCAUUUUGAAUAAUUACAAGAGAAAGUAGAUCUUUACUAUUUCAUCUAAUAACAACAAUGGAAUAUAGGACAUUAAGGAUUUUUUUUGGAUACCUUUUCCACAAAUUAUCUGCCUACUUAAAAACUAAGUGUUUAACAUCUAUGAAGGUGACAACUAUUGAGUUUAAAGGGUUUACUAAUUAAUUGCAGAACUAGUUUUCAAGUAUUUGCAUUUAAAUGAAAAUUCAAAUAGCCCUUUCCCCACAUAGUUAUCAAGGUAAAAGGAUAUAUUAGAUAUCAAGAUUUCUUUGAACUUUCUAAGAGUUUUCAUUAUUGAUAUCUUAGAUUAAUUUUCAGAGACUCUUUAACUUUGUAGGGAGAGGUUGAGUAAUGGAACUUUCUGUCUUCUCACUUUGUUUCCAUCAUGUUUGCUUCAUGCCCUCAGAUAAUAAUAAUGGGAUCUUUCUCAUGAUUUAGCGCCUUUUGAUAUUUGCGUUGUGGAACUCAUUUCCUGGGUUUAGUUAUUCUAGAUUUCUCUCCUGAUGAUGAUUAUCUGGACUUGGCCCCUGUGCUUGACUGCUACUGAGACAUGUUCUAGUACAUUCACAUAUACUUUGCUACCCUUAUUGUCAUGAAGCUAAUUUAGGAAUUGUUAUACUCUUAAAAAUAAGGAAGAAAAAACAUCACAGUCACCUUCUAUCACCAUUGAGGAUGGCCAAUCCAAAGUUCCUGGAUGAAAUGAGAGGAGGCACCCAAAUACUUCAGUCUAAUCCUGUUUCCCUUCCCCUUCUCCAGGCAGACCAACGUGUGAAUAACAGUUCUUAUUUAGGGAUUUUCAAUUCGUUACAUGAAAAAAUUUAUGAAACAGUUUGAAACCAAAAGGCUAGUAUGGCAGACUAUCGUUUAAAAUAUAUAUAUUGAUUUCAGAGAGGAAGGGAGAAGGAGAGAGAGAUAGAAACAUCUAUGAUAAGAGAGAAUCAUUGACUGGCUGGCUGCCUCCUGCCCACCUCCUACUGGGGGUGGAGCCCGCAUCCCAGGCAUGUGCCCUUGACGGGAAUGAAAUAGGGACCCUUCAGUCCACAGGCCAAUGCUCUAGCCACUGAGUCAAACCAGCUAGGGUGAGUCUGGUAUUUUAAUAUAGCCAGUGUGGGCAAUAAGAAGCAAACAUUUUCCUUCAUAAAAAAAAGCAAUGUAACAUUGUCAGGUGAUAUGCAAAUGUGGUCCUUCACCAGGGCAGUCAUUGAUUCUGCUACCCCUUCCUGCUCUGAAGAUUUUCUGACGGCUGCCAUGGAUUGCUUCUCAAAGUCUUUUCACUGUGAUAAUGGUUUAAAGGAGACAGUUUGUUGCUGCAACGAUAACCAUGUAAAUGGAAUAUUAUUAUCUCAUUGCAGAUAAUGUUUUUAAGGAGUGACUCAGAAUGGUAGUUUGAUGAUUAUGGAAGGGAGUUUCUUCUCGAACUGAAAAAGGAAAGACUAAAAUAGUCACAAAGCCUGAAACUGGGCAUAUUUUAUGAUGGAUAUUUACUUUAAUUCAAUGCAACACAUAUUCAUGGGCAUAUACUGCAGCAAAUACUUAAUAAAAAUCCAUUGGAAUUCACACAUAGCUAUACUAUAAUUGGACAUAUCCAUUAAAAAUGCUUUUAUUUUGGUUUAACAUUUUUUUUUAUUUUCUUUUUUUGUAUUUGUUGCCUAUAGUUGGUGGGGUGGAGCAGAAUGGGGUGCGUUUGAACAAGGGUGGUAUGUAUUAAGCCACAUAGUAGUUACAACAAUGAUUAACAGUUGUUGAGUACUUACUGAGUGCCAGUGACUGCUAGGAGCUUUAAAAGUCAUUAUUUAGGCCUCUUAAGAGCCAUAUAGUUUAGGUAAUAUUACCUCCCUUAUAUGAGAUCUUUAAUUCAUCCUUUUUGUUUGUUUCUAUCCCAUUCCAUCUCCCCUCCCCCAAUUUCUUCUAGUCUCUGGGACAGGGAUCUAAAUUCUUUAGUGAUUUAUGAUAAUACCAGAGCUGAGAACUGCUUAGUGUCAUUACCAACUUACUUUCAAUAGGAAAAAAGCUAACCCAUGUCAAGAGGCUGGAAAUUGGUUUUGUGUCUGAGAUGAUGGUGCUCAGGUCACUGAUAAGGAAACCUGCCCCGUGGUGCAGUCUGUCUUCCUUUGGAGAUAUCCUCUCCUUCUGGACAGAAGUAUGGACAGAAAUCUUUUCUGUUGUCAUGGUGACACUUCUUCCCUGACAGGAUGUCAGUCAUUCCAAGCAUGUUUCAUUUGUUCUGAAUGUUCUCUGUUUAGAUAAUAACUAGCUGGAUAAUCCCUUGAUACAAUUCUGAACUUCAGAGAUAAACUGGCUUUUUCAAAAGUAGUGCAUCCUACCUUCUAUCUACAGCCAUUGAAGCCUAGCCAAUAUUUUCUGAUUCAUUCAUUCAAUUAAUAAAUAUUGCAUAUUUAUUUUCCAUCACUGUGAACUUGAACAUUUUAUAUUAAAAUAACUAACAUACUGUGCUGGGAUGGUGCUCUGUGCUUUUCUUCCCAUUGUGAUCUCCAGUGCUCACAAGAAACAGGCAAGUGAGUAUUGGCUCCGUUCUACAGAGGAAGAAAACCAUGCUCACAAAGGUGAAAUAUCUUGUUCACGUCACCCACGUAAUAGGUAGUGGGCAGGAUCUGAGCCAGAAACCUAACUCUAUAGCUCAUGCUUUAAUUAUAAAUCUUUUUUUAUUCACAUGAUUCAGUUUUUGUAUAACUUAAGAAACUGAGCAAAGUUCUGAACUGCAAGAGCUAAGCCAGAUAUUUAUGAUUGUUGAUACCAUUAAAAUAAUGACUGUUUUAGCUAAAAGUGAACUUGUUAUUUAAAAAAAAUUACUUGAUGGCUGUAUACAUGCAGCCAUCAGGUUUUUUCUCACCUGGGCUAGCCUACUUUUGGAUUAUAUUCACCAAUUAGAGUUACAUACUAGCAGAUCUACAUACAGCUGUUAUGAUAUAAUUGCUUUGUCAAUAAUAAAGCAAAAAAUAAUUUCAAUAGUGAACCUGGCAGAUUGCAACCUGAGUUUUCUUCUGCUCUGAUUCUAUUAAGAUGCCACUCUCAGUAUUUAGGGAAAAUUUGUUUGAAAUUGCAUCACAGUGAUAAUCAGUGAGGAUAUUUUAUUAAUAUAAGGGCUACCUACACUUGGUAAAAAAAAAAAUAGACCUCAUUUUAAUGAGAUGCAGUGAAGAUUUCAGUAACAGGUGGUUGGUUAUUCUAUUGCAUAGUGAACUGGGGUAAUUUUUGGAAAUUAUUUAAUAAUUUGGUAGAGUUUCUGCUUCAUGGGAGAAGAUAACAUUUUUUUAAACAAAAUAGAACUCAGGUUACUUGUUAUUAGAGACAUUUAACUUGCUCAGAUACACACAUGGAUCAUUUAAUAAACUCAAACAAAUACUGAAAAUAUCUGGUCAAAUUGCAGAUGGGCAUAGACACACAGUAAAUACUCGUUAACAUGUCAUGAAAUGGCCCUAGAUAGCUUAUAGGAAUUACCACCCUCCUCCCCCAACUACACAGUUAUUUCUAAAUAAAGGAGGAGAAAGUUAACAACCUAGUAACUUAAGGUUUUUAUUGCUCCCAGGGUAAAUUUAACUGAACAUAGAUGAUCUGAUUGAUAGUGGUAGUUUUAUAAAGAAUAUCAGGGAAAUGGUUUUAAUGUUAUAGGCAAGGUAAAUUCCUGUCAUUUUUACUUGACUCCAGCUAUCUACCAGGCUCAUUGCUAACUUCAGGUUUUGUCCAACUUGUUUAUGUGAAAUAGCUCAGUGUAAUAUGGGUAUUUGCAGGUUAUUUGAAAAUAAUGACAAAGAAAACCCAAAUGAGAAACUCCAUUCUAUAAUUAGUUUUCCCAAAAGUCAGGCAUGUCUUUGAAGACAAGCUUUUGGCUAUAUUAUUUUUGUGCACAGGAGAAAAAAUUGUUAGUAGGUUUAUAGAUAUUAUUUUUAUAAUAGAAUGUUAAAUUCCCCCCAACAUCCAACAUUGUCUCCUAGAAUUACUUUGUUUUUAAAACUUGUUUUAAGAAAAGAUUCUAAAUAGCAGUAGAGUCUUUUCUCCUUUCUCCAUUCCAAUGAUUUAAUGGGAUAAAUGAACCAAUGUUUAUAUUUUUAAACUUGUAAAUAUUUUAUUUUGCGUAUUUUGUAUAUUUGUUGAUAUAAUUCCAUUUUGUGCAUAUGUAUCAUUGUGCAUGUUUCUGUUUUUGAUAGUCACUCUUCUAAUGAAUGUAAGAAGCUUGGACUAAGAGCACUUUUCUUGUCUCAUUCAAACGUCCUAAAAUGAAAAUACUACACUGCCAUUUUAACUGCUGUGUUUAAUUCAGUCAAUAAAUUUUGUUGCUUCUUUACAUUUAAA